GUGCAAAACGACUCCCUUCCUUCCUUCCACGCGAAAAAAGAGAGCACCGCCGGAUCGGAUGGCCGCCGCCGCCGGUGACCCCUCCGUAGGCUUCUUCUCCGCCGUCUGGUUCCGCCUCCGCACCGCCGCUUGGCGCCGUCGGCAAGACGACGACCACGACGGUCGAAACGAUGAGGAAGCCGUGCUGCGUUCGCGCCUUGUCAAGCGAGCGGCGGCUGCUCGGCGGCUCGCCUUCGUCUCCUUCAACCUCGAGGUACUGGUGUUUGUUUAUGCUUUCUGGAGGGCCAGGAGGCGCAAUUUGAGCUGGAGGCAGCCCAUUCAAGCGCUGCCCGUUCUUGUCAUCCCUGCUCUAGCUACACUUAUCUAUGCCGCCUUCGUUCGCUUCACCAGAAGACUUGAUAUCAAGGACCAUACAAGGCUUAAAAGUCUUCAGGAGGAGAAGCAGGCAAGUGAAGAUGUAUCAAGGAAGUUUAACCAGAACGACCUAAUCAGUGGACAGAACUGUGACAAUGUAGGUGAUGCCAGUAAUUGUUUGCCGGAAAAUGAUUCAAACAGAACUUUUUUGCCACCAACUCAUUCAGCGACCAAAACUUCUAAGACUAAGAAACGCCGCCAGCCAAGUAUUAGCUCAAGGGGUGAUGGUGAAACUGACAUGUCUUGGGGUCAUAGUAAGGAUUUCCAGCCGAUGCCCUCAGAUGGCCUACGGAAGAGAAGAACAUACACAACUAAUAGCAGAGCUACAGAAAGCAUCGAGGAAAAGAUUCAGAAUACAAUGUCAUCUAAUGUCACAGAUUCCAGCUUUGGCAUGGAGUUUCCUGAAUUAAGUGAUUCUGAUGUUGUUUACAGUCAGGCGAACAUCAUAAAAACAAGUUCAGCACCAUUGAUCAGGUGUCAAGAAAUGCUUCCCAGAGAUGGGAAUGAAGAAGUACCAGCUGUCUCCACACAUUUAAAUCAGCACGGUGGUGCCCACGAUUCCACCGAAGAUACUGUUUGCUCUCCUCUUGAUUACAGGAACUUUUCUGAACCUUUUACAAUAGUAAAGCUUGCUGAACCUCAAACUGUUCAUCAGGAAUCACCUAUAGGAGGUGGUGAAGACAAAGUCAUCAAUAGAUUGUUGGAUACUGUGAACACUAAUUUCAACUCUAGCGAGGAGAAUCUCAUAUGUUCAUUUCGGUCUCAUGAUAGUCUUUUUGAUAGAGAAGAUGACGCAUGCUUAACUGAACAUGGGAGACCAUCCUUGCUGACUGCUUUCGGAGAACUUCCUGUCGAAAUCAGUGAGGAAAACUCACUAUCUCAACCAGAAAAGCUGGAACCUUAUCCAGUUUCUAUUAACGAAGCUCCUGCUUCUCCAUCUGACUACACUGUUUAUUAUGGUAGCUUAAAGGAUGUGAGCCCCAGCCCAUCUGAUCCAGUGCUAUCUGCAUCAGAAAACUUUGAAAAGGUUUCCAUCAAAGAUGGCAAGGAGGAAUCAUUGCUUAAGCCACAGAAAUCAGCAGCUCUGCAAACAGAUACUUUCACUCCAGAGAAGUUACCUGCUACACAUGCCAUUCAUGACAGUAGAUUGAUAGUUAAUCCUGAUGAGGGUACCAAUGCACUUGCUUGCAUCUUUACUAAUGCAAACAUCAAUGCAGCUCUUGUGAGUAUUAAUGCAGGUAGUCCUAGAUUGAAUCUUCCAGUCUGUGAAGAGUUGCGUCGUGAGGAAUUUGAGGAUCCUGAGGCGAGCUUCUCAUCCUCUGCUGAGUUACUGAUGAAGGGUGAUGAGGAUGCCAGGGAAAAAGAACCAUGUCAAUUCAACGGGGGGGAGGGAAACGAUGUACUCAUCUGUUCAGAGGAGGAAGCUCUGCUGGUUCCGCUUGUAGUCAGUACUACUGAACAGUACGUAAAAACUUCAGGUUUCCCUUUAUGCUGUCAAGAUGCCGAUAUGAUGGAAGUUCCUAGAAUUGUUGCAGCUAAUCCUGAAUUGAAAAACUCAACAUGUCGAGAGGUACUCACAAAUAAUGACGAGGUCUCAAAGGAGGAAUUAUCGUAUGGCUUGCACCUAAAGGAGACGAAUGAUCUACAUUUUAAUUUGGAGAAGGAUGAUUUUCUGCAUCCAUCUGUAGUUGAUACCGAUGAACAUUCAUUAGCUACAUCCGAUUUUCUUUUAUCCAAUGAAGGAAUAGAGACAACCAUUACGAAAGCUCAUGGGGCUCUCAAGAAAAGUUCGUCUGAAUCACAAGGUGAAGGGUAUAACCCUAUAGAGGCUGUUGUCGACCCUUCAUGUGAUGAUAGUAACACUCAGGAUGUGAUAAAUAGUGUAAUGCCUGCAAAUUUUGUUCCCGAUACCAACAUGAGGGGCAGUUUUCAAGUUGGCCAGGAGAAGACUCUGGAAGCAUUUUCUAAUCAGCUCGACAAAAGAACUUGUAAUUUUGAAGGGAUCUUAUUAUCUUCAAGUGAGAUCAAUAAUGAUAUAUUUUAUUCAAGCGGCUCAAGUUCUCACCUUUUACAUGCCAGUUCUGUGGAAGACAAUGCACCCUCUUCUGUUCAAGGUAAACUUUCUGAGUCCAAAGAUGAAACGGCUUCUGCUUUUGUGGAUACCCCUACCUUUCUAGAUGAGGUUACGAGAUCAGAAAAUUGGACGAAUCACUCCGGAUCUUCUCAAUGUAUUCCAGACAGAACUGAGAUUCAAUCAAUUCAUGAUGGCAAACAAGUUCCAUAUGAAACAUUACAUGGAAUUACUUUCGGUGGAGACGAAAGUUUCAUAUCUCCAGAAGAGAGCAUAAAUUCUGAAAAAUAUUCACUCUAUUCCAGAUCAUCCUCAUGUGUUUCAGAGGUUAAUAUGAUGUAUGCUCCCGGAGGUGGUGCAUCAUCUGAACCAGAAAAUAGUCAUAUUUUCAGCUUGGAUGAUAAGAAUGGCAUGAUGUUUCACAGUGUGAACAGUACAGAGAAUUAUGAAAAUAGCAUUAGGUCUGUUGAAUUUAUUCCAGAAACUGACAUGAUAAAAACUCUUGAUGUUGCUGGCGAAUCAAUGGCUGGUUUAUUACAUGAAGUUCCAUCCAGCGUUGUUGAUGGUUUCAUAACUCCAGAUGUCAAUUUGACUGGAUGUUUAGGGGGUGGUCAGCAAGGAACUCAUCUAAAACAAGAAGAAACCACUUUAUGUUUUGAGAAUCUUUACAUGGCUUGCCAGGAUACCAAUUCCGAAGACCAUUUUACCAAUUUGGGGUCUCGAGAUAUUCCAGAUGCUAGUAUUUCAGAAAAUUUUCUAGUUGAAGAGAGAUUAUCUUCUGAUAGGCUUCAUGAUGGUAUCUUCAGUACCAAGGGGUCUUUAAUAUCUAUAGAUGAUGGCAACAAUGCUGGUUCAAAUAAUUCACCAUGUGUUUUGCAUAACGCACAUAUCAACAAAAAUCUCUUGGGUCUUCAAGAAGGCUCAUUCAACCCACAAGAUGGACCUACAAUGACUUCCAUUUCUCGAAAUAAGGUCAAUAUUGCUGAAAAGCCUGCAUGCUUCUCUCCAGAAGAAUCCAUGGUUGCAGAUCUACAAGAUACCAACAAAACAACGUCAGUUCCAAGAGAUGGAAACUCUUCAAGUUUUUCAGGGGCUUGUAAUUUUUUAGAUGAGUCAAAUAGUUCAAUAAAUCAUCCAUACUACUCAAGAUCCACAUCACCUAUGCCUGAAUGUAACCUGAUAGAAAUUCCUGAAGCGUCCUGGGGAGAAACAGUUGAACCAGAUGACGACAAUUCCUGUAGUUUUGAGGAAACUUUGACGUCUGGAAUCUCUUCAAAUAACCAUAGGUCUCCUUUAUAUAACUGCAAGCAGGAAGUUGUAGUAUCAUCAGGAAAAGGAUCGACUGAUCCUGUACUGGUUGAUGUUCAUAGUUUUGAUAUGAUUCCUGUUGGUGAAGAGCAGACAACCAUAAUUAAGGAAGAAUUCAAGUAUGGUAAAAGUUUUUCAAGCAAACCAGGAUUGUUUUCAUGUGAUCCAAAGGAUAAUUGCAUCAUAAACCCUGAAAAUUUUGACAAAAGAUCUUUUGAGACUCAUUAUCAGGAAGGACCAGAAAUUGCUGUUAGUUUGGCAGGGAUGCCCUUCUUUGUAGAUACUAACUCUGAAGCUGAAAAGGAGCAUGACAAUACCAGAUGCUCUUCUUCUCAUGCUGAAUUCAACAUUGCGGAGGCUCCCAAAGAACUGUCUAUAGAUGCUGAAAAUAAAGUUUUCCCCAAGGGCGUAGAAGUACACAAUUGGCAUUGCAUGGAUAAGGAACCAAAAGACGGUAGAUUGGAUGAUGUAAAAGAGGAUUUAGUUGACUUGGAUGAGGACCAUGAGAAUAACCCCAUUGUUCUUCCCGAGGUGGCUGGAAAAAUUACUGCUCUUUCACCAAUGCCGUCCCUAAAACUUUAUGCAAAAGAUGCUUCUUCGAGGGAUUCAUCAGUGGGAGUAACGAAUGAUUUUGAAGUGGCACGAGCAGCAGGGCUUCGGCAAAGGAAACAAGUACUCACAAUCAGUAGUAGCACUGGGAGCAGUACUGUGUCUGAGCUAGCUGACACACAGUGCACUGAACUUGUUGACGAUGUUGUCGAUUCCCUUAGUGCUCCUCUACCUUCAUCAAGUGCUACUACUAUUCAAAAUAUAUCAAAUGGAAUGUCUGCACACUUUUUAAUAGAACAGUUAGCUACCGAUCAGCCUCCUACCAGUAUAGAACAGAUAUGAUGCAGUUCUUGACUAGCCAAGUUGUGUAAACUCUGAUGGUUCUCCAUCCAUGGCGGAGAAAUCCCAUCAGAGAGAUUUUUUAAUCUUAAUUUGGUCUUUUAAAACAAAUCAGCGCUACAUGGCUUCAGAUUCGAGCUUUGAUAGGAGUACUGUACAACAUACAUGUCCCUGAAACUUGAAUAUGCAGAAUUUGCCAUUUUUUCUGUGGAUUAUUGCUUCAGCUCAACGGAAUCUAAAUAUCUGACCCAUUUCAUUUUGACCAAAUGGCAAGGAUAAGUGCAUUUUCCUAUCUUGCGGCAAAGUCGAAUGGUAACUCAAAUAAAGCUUACACUUGGACACUUAUGAAGGAUGAAAUAAUGAAAUGCUACUUUACAAAGGAAGGGCCACAGCUCCCAAGAUGGAUCAGCAGCAGCAAUCUUUCUUCUGCAACCAAUCACGUUGCUAUGCUGGAUGUGGGCUUCUGAAUGGCAGUCCAGAUACAGAGAAACUGACUUCAGGAAUUAAAAUAGAGGGGCUUCUCAACUCUCCAGCCUCAGGUCAGACAUCAUAUAUCAGAAUCUCUGGGUUCUUGAAUUUUGAUUAGUUUUUGAAGUAUUGCAUUCUUCUGCCAUUAAUAUUUUAAGAAUGGGGGUGGGACUGUGGAGUAGUAGUUG